AUGGACUCGCAGCUAUUAUGCUAUAACUGUCGAAAGCCAGGACACUUCAAGGCAAAUUGUCCUCAUCCCAUAGUGAGCAAGCAUCAAGAUAACAGAACUACCAUAAGCCCCUCAAAAGAGACUGGAGAAAGACAUAAAAGAAGCGACAAGCCUGAAUCAUCAAACUCCAAAAAGGAAGGAAGAAGGAAGGCAAUGGUAGUAAAUGAAACUUCUAACACAAUUGCAACCGAAAGUAGUUCCUCAAGCUCUAGCUCAGAAGACGAAAGCACUGAUGAGGAAAAAGGACUGUUGUGCCUAUUCAGUCAGGAGUCAGACGAACUGUGUCUCAUGGCAGAUGAAGACGAGCAACCUAUUGACGAAGAUAUCUCAGACGAAGAAGACAUACUUUCGUCCUACACGAAAUAUCAGCCAAAGGUUUCAGAACCCGAACCUGUGUCUCAAGAAAAGGUGGGAAUUCAACAGAAUGAUCCUACAAGUAUGAGUACGGAAAGCGAAAGAACCAUUACGGAGGCACGAGAGGAAAAGAGUGAAAUUCUCAGUGAGCCACUAGUGACUGAGCAAGAGCUUAAUCAAUUUCUUGAACACGCUCAACACAUACGAAACCUUCUCCGUGACACAACCGACAAUGAAUCAAGAGAAUCUUUCCACUCUGUUGGCAACCCUAUUGGAUAUGUCAAGGAAGACAGUGUGCUGGAACUAAGUGAUAGUUUUGACUACUCACCCUCAGGCACUCCUACUAAGAUAGCAUCCCCUCUCAAGUCCACCGCAAGCAGCAAGAAAAAGAAAGCCUGA